CCCCCUUUUUUUCUAAGGGGGUUGACGUGACGCCACGGUGGGACUGGCUUUCCUCCACUCUGCUUGCAUUCAUAAACGGAUAUGAUAGAACAGCACUGAAUGCACCGGAGCAGCGGCGACAACACUCGGCGCUGACCAUGGCGGAAGAGGACGACGCUAGGAUUCGGAUUUUACAGAGUCUGCGGGGUAAAAUAUGUGAAGCCAAGAACCUAGGUCCAGUUUCAGGUCCAAAUCGACUAAAGGAUCUCUGUACAUUUUGCACCAUAAGCCUGGACCAGGAGGAAGUGUUUCGCACCAAGGUGUUUGACAAAAGCAUCACCCCUUUUUAUGGAGAAGAUUUCUUCUUUGAGAUCCCGCGGCCAUUUCAGUUUUUAUCCUUUUAUGUUUAUGCCAAGGGCGUUUUCCAAAGGGACCUACCUGUUGGCAAAGUGUCAAUCCGGAAGGAUGAUCUAUGUAAAUAUAGCGGAAAGGACGAUUGGUUUAACCUCCAGCCUGUAGAUCCAAACACAGAAGUUCAGGGUAAAGUUCACCUGGAAAUGCGACUGAAUGAAGUGAUCACAGAUCACGGCUCCACUGGUCAACACUUACUUGUCAAAAUAAUUGAGUGCAAAGAACUGCCUUUGAUCAGUGGCCAGAACUGUGACCCAUACGCCACCGUGUCUCUUGUUGGACCUGCCAGAUCAGACCAAAAGAAAACAAAAGUAAAGAAGAAAACCAGCAACCCAUAUUUUGAGGAAACCUUUUUCUUUGAGGUGACACGGUCCAGCAGCUACUCUAGAAAAUCACAGUUCCCUGUGGAGGAGGAGGACAUUGAAAAGCUUGAGAUCAGAGUGGAUCUGUGGAACAAUGAAAAUCUGGCUCAGGAUGUGUUUCUCGGAGAAACGAGAGUUCCUGUCAAGAUCCUUCAGAGUGACCACAUGCACAAAGCCUGGUAUCUCCUCCAGCCUAAAGGGACAGGCAGCAAGUCCAAGUCUGAUGAUUUGGGACAACUGCGUUUGAAGCUCACUUACAUUGAAGACACGGUGCUGCCCUCUACCUGCUACACACCUCUCUGCAACUUGCUGCUCAAAUCCCCCGAUGUGAAGCCCAUCUCGGCAUCAGCAGCACACAUCUUGGGGGACAUCUUCAGAGAGCGAUACGAGGCCGUUCUGCCCAUGGUCCGGCUGCUGCUCUACCACAGCCGUUUUGUGCCUUUCGUCUCUGCUGUGGCGGCUCUGGAGCUGGACAACACUCAGGAGGCUAACACUAUAUUCCGAGGCAACUCACUGGCAACUCGCUGCAUUGACGACAUGAUGAAGAUUGUGGGAAAGAGUUACUUGGCUGUUACAUUGAAGCCGGUUAUUGAUGAGAUUUGUGACUCCAACAAAACAUGUGAGAUAGACCCCAUUAAGCUAAAGGAAGGUGACAACGUGGAGGUCAACAAGGAAAAUCUUCAGGUUUAUGUCCAGAAAGUUUUCUCCUCCAUCACUCAGUCCAGCUCCAACUGUCCUCCUCUGAUGUGUGACGUCUUCAGAUCGCUCAGACAUCUCGCCUGCAAACGCUUCCUAGGCGACCCACAUGUUCAGUACUCUGCUGUGAGCAGCUUCGUGUUCCUGCGCUUUUUCGCUGUGGCAGUUCUCUCCCCACACUCGUUCCAGCUCCGAUCUCAUCACCCCGAUCCUGAGAUCGCCCGCACACUCACUCUCAUCUCAAAAACUAUUCAGACUCUUGGCAGCUGGGGUAGUUUGUCUAAAAAACUGUCCAGUUUUAAAGAAAGCUACAUGUACGACUUCUACAAGUCAUUCCAAGAAGAAAAGUGCAUUGAAAAAGUUAAAAAGUUUCUUGACGAAAUCUCGUCCAACGUGAGUAAAGAGUCCAGCAGACAGGAGGACGCUGUGGUUCUGAAGGAGGGGGAAGUGCAGAAACGUACCCAAGGAAAGAAGAACUUCUCUAAGAGAAACUUUAAGAAGAGAUGGCUGAGAGUGACCAACAGGGAGCUCUCCUACCACAAACGUAAAGGGAAAGAGGCCCUCUGCACCAUCAGCGUCAAAAACAUCCAGGCGGUGGAGAAACUCGAUGAAAGUGCCUUUAACCGCAAAAAUAUGUUUCAGGUGGUCCUCUCAGAGAAGCCGCUCUACGUUCAGGCAGGAAACUGCGUGGAGGCCAGCGAGUGGCUGGAGAUCCUGGGCCAGGUCAGCCGCUGCAACGAGGGACGCUUGACCACUUACCACUCGUCGAAUUACACCGCUGGAGCGUGGCAGUGCUGCAAAAACCAGAGCAGCAGCGCUCCCGGCUGUAAGCCCUGCACAAUCACCAUGCUGGCCAACCUGCAGCUGGACAUCGACUGUGACCGGGAAGCAGAGAGAAUCUUCUCCCUCCUCUCAUCUAAUGAAUCCAAGCUACAAAACAUGGAAGAUGCGUGUGCCAGCAUGGCGGUGUACCAGGGCCCUCAGAGGGAACAGGAGGAGUACUCCAAGUUCACCAUUCAGGAACCCAAAGAGACUUUUCAGACCCUCAAACAGCUCCGAAACGUCAUGGAGGAGCUGCAGAGGCAGCACAACAGCAGAAAUAACAUCACUGCACAGUAUGGAAGCCUUGACAACCCCAUAGUAGGGAAAACCUCUUAGCCUGGGUGGGCCGGUGUGGCCUGAAACAGCCUCGCCAGCAGGGGUCAGUGCACCACAGAGGACCACGAAAAGCCCACAAGUGACGAGGAGAAUGAUAUACACCCUGACCUCCACACGUUUAGUCCACUAUGAAUGAACCUUUUUUAUUUCUUUUUUUUUGUUUGUUUGGGCUGCACUGCAGACUGAUUCUUCAUGUAUCCACAGAGGCAUCACUAGAUGGUGUGUGAAUAGGCUGCUAUAUAUAUAAAUAUAUAUAUAUAUGUGUAUUUUUAAAAUCUACUCUGUUUUAUAUCAACAGCUGUGAUGAUGAUCACUCCCUCCUUAUUUUUAAAUGUUUUUAAAACCUCAGUUCAAUAACAAUCAUCACUCUGGAGGAUCGUCCUCUUGUUUGUGCCCCUCAAAUCGUUUAGUGUCCUUCUUCUUCUGAACAAAUGUAUGUGUGUUUUAUAAAAAAAAACAAGCCAAUCUGCCUUACUGAUGGAGAUUCUUUUCACAUUUAAUACUGAGGAAACAAUGCAAACGCACUUUAAAUAUUUGGAGCUGUCCGAAUGGAAAUGAUUAGAUACUUGGUAUCAGCUUUAUGAUCAUUACAUGAUCCUGAGUACAUAUUUUUUUUGUUUCACUCCUGUACAAUAACGUUGAAUGCCUGUUAAAUAUAUAUAUAUAUAUAUAUGUUAAGAUAUUUUUGUCAACCAAAGGCAAUCUCUUGUACGUACGUGUAUAUGUAUUUUGUACACAAACUGUUAAAUUUGAGACAGAUUAUAAAUAUAUGUAUAUGUUCAGUUUGUUCGUCUGGUUUAACAUAUCCUUUUUAUUGACUUUUAGGGCAAGCAGUUUUGCAUGCAUUCAGCUUUGAAUCUGGACGGCAUGACUGUGGUAAAGAGUUGUGUUUGCUUGUGAUUGUGAACUGUUGAUGGUACGGUGUACAUCGGACCCGUGAUGUUCAUGCUCAGAGCUCCCCACGCCCCCAACAUGGCCGAUGCUAGACACAGUAGAGGUCCUGCUGAGAGGAGGCGGCCAGAAUAACAGGCGACUCCCUUCAUCUCUAAAUUCGUCCGACAAUCGCAGCGACGGUGCCCCUUCAUGCUCGUCUUUCACACCAGCAGCACUCCAAAGCUAAAGCUGCUACGCUUUUAUUAUUUUAAAGGGUUUUUUGGUUUUUUUUUUUUUAUAUCUGGAGUUUGAAAAAUUUUCACAGCGCCUCCCUGCCAGAGAAGGUUGUAAAAAGUCUAAAGUGUGAAGAAAAACAUGCAUUAAUCGAUUGGGAGUCUUGGAGUGACUCCAUCGUGCGUCCUCCCCUCUACCUUUUUUUUUCUCCCCCUUUUGCACCCAUACAAACAAUGAAGAAGAAGAAACUUGAAUUUGUUUUAACAUGUCGAACAGUUGAUGUUAAGAAUACAGGGUUAACCACUUUGUACGUAUGCAAAAACAUUGCUUUUGUCUGAUUUAAUUGCUAACGUGCAUGUUUUCAUUAUUUAACAAUUUUAUGUUUCACGAUAAAAGUUUUUGUAUCUAUGUUUUUGUAAACUCUGAUUUGAAUAUGUUGCUAUGCUGGUACAUGUCUCUUGUUAAACUGCUUCUUUUUUUUUUUUUUUUUCUUUAGGCUGCUGCUGUUUUGCAUUCACCUGCAACAUUUUCACUUUACAGGAGUUUAAUGCUAACAUUUUUUUAUUGUUUCAUUUCAGAUUAAAACCGAUUGACCUUAGAUGAAGCUAAAAACACAUAUUUAACUAUUAUCUGAAGAUUUUCACUUCAAAAGAGCAUAUAUUUUAGAUUAUUGUUUCUAAAUAAGGGAACAUCUUCAUUUUCUUUCUUUAUGGUUGCAGAAGUAGAAAUGCCAGAGUGCAGAGCAGCAUGCAGGAGCCAGGUUUAUGUUCAAAUUUGACCAAACUAAAAGGGAACAUGCUUAGAUCUACUUCUGUUGGACAAAUACCUCCCAGGAAACUUUUUGUCAAAUCGCAUACAAGAUGUGUUUCUGAGCACUUUGUUUUAACGAGAGAACAAAUUAGUUUGUUGGACAUUUUUAAAAUCCAGCAAACAUUUCCUUCAACCAGCUCUCGCUAAAGGGAGAUUACAAAAGGCAGGAUCAUCUGAAGGGAUUGUUUGGUUGUGUUUUAUUUAUUUUUAACUGAGUUUUGAUUUGAAUUUUAAUUGGAUUUUUUCCAGCGUACAGCCACUAGUGAAAGCAAGAGGUUAUUUAAACAUAUCCAACUCAUUUCUGAAUGUUCAGCCUCAGUUUGUUGUCUGGUUUUAUACUAAUAGAGCAAUGUAUUUCACAUUUAUGGUCCAUAUUGUCUCAGAAUAAACACUUUGCCAACAGUC